AUGAAUAAAGUCUUUGAGCAGCAGAUAGGCAGGAACCUCGAGGUCUAUGUAGACGACAUGGUCGUCAAAACAAAGGUCGGCCACCCCCACAUCGACGACCUUGAUGAGAUAUUUACGCAAGUCAGAAAAUAUAACAUGAGGUUAAAUCCUGAAAAAUGCGCCUUUGGUGUUCGAGGAGGAAAAUUCCUUGGGUUUAUCUUGACAAGCCGAGGAAUAGAGGCUAAUCCAGAAAAAUGUCAAGCUAUUCUCGACAUGCACAGUCCUACUACAAUAAAAGAAGUUCAACGGCUGACAGGCCGAUUAGCUGCAUUAUUAAGAUUCAUGCCGUGUUUAGCAGCUAAAUCCUUUAACUUUUUUCAAUGUUUAAAGAAAACAGCAAAACACUUUUCUUGGAAUCAAGAAUGUGAAGAGGCAUUCCUAGGCUUAAAACAAUUUUUGUCUAAACCACCUGUUCUACAAAAGCCAAAGCUCGGCGAACCAUUAUAUCUAUACUUAUCUGUAACUGAUGUGACCAUUAGUUCUGUUCUUAUUACAGAAAACAACAAGGAGCAACAGCCGGUCUAUUUCGUGAGCAAGUCACUACAAAAUGCUGAGCUACGUUACCCAAUGCUCGAGAAGCUCGUCCUAGCACUAAUCUUCUCCGCCAGGAGACUCCGACCUUAUUUUCAGAGCCACACAAUCAUCGUUCGAACAGCCCACCCACUUCGGCAGAUACUCUCUAAGCCUGAGUUAGCAGGACGAUUAAUUAAGUGGUCCAUAGAGCUGUCAGAAUUUGACAUUCAAUAUCAGCCUAGAGGGUCGGUUAAAUCACAAUGUUUAGCGGACUUUGUAGCCGAACUUACGUCCUCAAACUCCGACGAUAAAGGUCAACCUUGGACCUUAUUCGUUGACAGUGCUUCGAACCCUCAGGGGGCAGGUGCAGGAAUACUACUUGAGAGCUCGGAUGGCAUAGUAAUCGAGCAUUCUCUCAGGUUCUCGUUCAAAGCAAGCAACAAUCAGGCCGAAUAUGAAGCCCUCAUUGCUGGGCUCAGGUUAGCUACUGAUUUACAGGUUAAAAUUCUAAAAGUUUACUGCGAUUCAUUACUAAUUGUUCAGCAAGUAAAUCAUAGUUUUCAAACGAAAGAUCAGAUAUUAUUGAAAUACCUAGACAUUGUCCAAAAGCUAUUAAAUGAUUUUUCAAAUGUCGAGGUUAUCCAUAUACCUAGGGAGCAGAACCAUAGAGCCGAUAUCUUGUCAAAGCUAGCCACCACACAAACGCAAACUUCAACACUUUUGCAAUCAACUUUAAGUAGGCCAAGCAUUGAUGAAUUUAACAUCCUAAGCAUAAUUAACCAAGAAAGUUGGCAACAGCCUUACAUACAGUAUCUCCGUAAUGGUACUAUUCCAGAAGAAAUCAAGGAUAAGAACAAGUUCAGGCGACAAGCCUCUUUCUUUACAUUGAUGAAUAACAUUCUGUAUAGGCGAGGAUAUUCUCGACCUUUGUUAAGAUGUUUGGACAGGGCAGAAGCCGAUCUUGUCUUAUCAGAGGCCCACGAGGGCAUUUGUGGGAUACAUUGUGGUGCUCGGAGCUUAGCACAGAAGGUACUCCGGGCAGGUUUUUACUGGCCGACGAUAUGGGACGAUAGUAGGCAAAAGGUCAGAACCUGUGACAAAUGUCAGAAGCACUCACCGAUGAUUAAUAUGCCAGCAGAACAUCUUCAUCAGUCAGAGAUUGAAGCACACCCCUUGGCAAAAAUCACAUCAUCCCAAAUGAUAAGCUUUGUUUGGAAAAGCAUAAUUUGUAGAUUCAGUGUACCAGGUCACAUCAUAACCGACAAUGGUCGGCAGUUCACUGACCAUAAUUUCAAGGAAUUUUUGCAGAACCUAAAGAUAAAACAGCAUUUCUCCUCGGUGGAGCAUCCACAAUCUAACGGGCUGGCAGAGGCCGCUAACAAAGUAAUCCUUCAGGCAUUGCGGAAAAAGCUCGACGACGCGAAGGGAUUAUGGGCUGAGCUCGUGCCAGAAGUGUUAUGGGCGUACAACACUACACCACAUUCAACGACCAAAGAGACACCAUUUCGCUUGGUCUAUGGAUCCGAGGCAAUGAUCCCCAUGGAAAUAUCACAAGACUCCCUCAGAACCCUAGCCGAGCAUCAUGAUGAAGCUCGGCAAGCAGAGCUCGACCUAAUUGAAGAAAUUCGAGAAACAUCAGCCAUCAGGCACCGAGCACUACAACAGCAGCUCAGUCGACGAUAUUCACGAAAGGUACAGCCGAGAACAUUCAACAUCGGUGAUCUAGUCUUAAGGAAAACUGAGCAAGCACGCCGACCUUCUUCCCACGGAAAGCUCGCCGCAGCCUGGGAUGGUCCAUACCGAGUAUGUGAAGUACUGGGGCGAGGGGCUUACAAAUUGGAACAAUUAGACGGCACAACAAUUCCGAGCACAUGGAACGUCAACUCUUUGAAACAAUAUUACAGUUAG